AUGAAGGCAACGAAUAGUGGUACCGACGCCGACGACUACGAGUUGCUAGUUCGCAGUGACGGUAGCGGAAAAGGCAGUGUCGCCAACCUUCCGCCAGUCUACGUUGUCCAGAGGCCAUCGACCCCAAGCAACAUCACAAGCGGGCCAGUUCCAUCGGGACCCACGCCGCUCGCUCCACCGUUGACGGUCUGCACACUAGCGCCUGGUGCCGAGUACAUGUACAUCCCCUACGACGGCCUCUGCGACUACUCGUUUUUCGACUCGCUGGCCAUCACUCCCGAAAGCAACGGUUUCGCCGUCACGACACAGAGCGCCGACGCGAAACGCUUCGUCGCGCAGGCUCAAAUCGACAAAAAGACUCUAUACGGCAUGUCUGUAUCCCUCAGGGACGUGGUCGCAUUUAGCAACGCCUUCCAGUCGGGCAGCGGAAAGGCCGAUUACGAGACUUACUGGAAGUUCAACGUCUUCCACUGGGGCUUCCUUCACGUCGACGAGCUACAGGUCGAUGCAAACAUCGCCGGCGUCAGUCUCGCUUUGUCCACACUUAAGGAAAUCCACGAACACGCAGUGUCGACGGCUGGCCAGACGCCCGGCACAUUUUUAGGGCAUCUACAUGAGGUUGGAGAAGUCCUGCGCCAGAGUGGCCGGAUAUAUCCGGUAUGUACCGUCUUCACUCCGACGGGUGUUGUCGUCCUGGGGCACCUGUCUUACGGCGACAGUUGGAAGUCCGACUGCGUCAUCAUGCCGCCCGUCAACUAUGUGGACCCGCGCCUUGUGAAGCCAGGCAUCGGCUACGGCCACAACAUGCAAGACGCCAUGCAUGCUGUGACCUGCCUCUGGAACCGAGGAGUCCAGUCCAGCUUGUCUUUGUCCGUCACGAUGCAAGCUCGCCGCUACAAGAUGAGAGGCACGGCACAGGGCCGGGCAUUGUUCUACACCGACUGCGAACCUGCCACAUACGAACAACGUACCACAGCUCAAGAGCGAAGCGCCUUUAGUUGCUACAAGCAACAGAAAGGUCCCGUGCUGAUACCCAGGUGA